GAAAGGGAAAACAGUUGUGUGUCGUAUUUUGUGUUUUAUUUGGAAUAACGCAUUGAUCCAUCCUCGCACGAUUGUUUCAUUGUACAACGUCGCCUCUUCCACGAACGUUGCCACGUACCCGGUGACGUUAAAUGCGUCAAACGUCAUCAGUCACGUGACAGCGGUGUUUUUUAUUAAUGACAUCCACGACACGCCUGAUAAAUCCACUCGCAAGUUGCGGGUGGAAUUCCGUCGUAGUUGUCAGUUAAACGUUUUUAUUUUUGCAACGGCGGAGUGAACGGAAUUAUUUCCUCGUUUUGGUCAACUUUGAAGCUUCUCGGGCUAGCUUAGCAUCGCUAGCUGCUAAGAAAGAGACAAAGCGGAAGUGAUCGACGCGUGGCUAAGUGUGCGUGUAAAGUGUGAAAAUGUGCAAAGUAGAAAUGCUGAGAGUGUUGGUGAAGCAGCGACUAACUGCUGCUGUGGAAGAAAUAUUUGUAGUGUUGGAAAGAACGAUAGCAGAAUACGAGGAGGAACUUUCUAGAACAAAAGAGGAGAACGAGCGACAACGUCAACUACUGGACGCUCUCUUCAACAAACAUCAACAAACAGACGUCACCGGAGAAAAUUGUCCUCCUCAGCCGCAGGAGUGGAGCUCCAGGGUGGCGCAGAAGGAGCCGGAGCAGCCCCACUUUAAAGAGGAAGACGAGGAGCCAGAACUCAUCUACAUCAAAGAGGAAGAGGAGGAGACAGAGCCGCCCCACUUUGAGGACGACGAGGAGCCGGAACUUAUCCACGUCAAAGAGGAGCCAGAGCCCCCCCACGUCAAGGAAGAGGAGGCAGGAAAGACGGAAGCUGAUGGAGGAUCAGAAGUAGACAAGCUCUUAGCUCCACUUUCAGGAAGUGAGGACAUGACGUCGCACUCUUCUGACACCGAGGAUGACGAAGACGAGGAUAAAACCGUCCGGAAACGCUUCAAAUGCUCUCAUUGCGACAAAACCUUUGGCAAGAAGGGAACUCUGAAAACACACACCAGGUAUCACACCGGGGAGAGACCCUUCGUGUGCUCAGUGUGCGGCAAAGCCUUCACCAUCAAGGGACAUUUGAACCGACACGCCAGAACGCACAGCGGAGAGAAACCGCACCCCUGCUCAAUUUGCGGGACGAGCUUCGGCGUGAGGUCGGCGCUGGUCCAGCACAUGCGAACGCACACCGGAGAGAAACCGCACGCCUGCUCCGUCUGCGGCGAAAAGUUCUCCCAGAAGGGGAACUUGAGCCGACACGCAAAGACGCACACCAGGACACAAAGUCAGGGUCCGGUCUUUGGCUGCGCCACCUGCGGGAAGACCUUCUCCCAGAAAGGAUACUUGAAGAUUCACAGGAGAACUCACACGGGAGAGAGACCGUAUGCCUGCUCCUUCUGCGACGGCAGCUUUAGCGUCCGCUCCGUGUUGGCCAAGCACGUCAGCAGGAGACACGCCAGCAAGGACGCCAAAUGACUCUUAGUUACUUCAAAGAUUACUUUUUUUGUGGCGCUUGGUUUGAGUGACUCGGAGCGAGUUACGGUAUUGAACACUCAUUUGGUGGUAAGCUCCAUUAGAAGCCUCUGCUGACUGGCGGAAACACGGCUGCCGAGGGCAGGAGGGUGAAGCGUCUUGCCCGAGGACACGUCGGCAGUGGCCAGGAUGGCGGAAAUUGGAUUUGUAAAAAAAACAACCUUGUUUCUGAACGGCCGCUCUACCAUCUGAGCCACACCGGAGUGCGCCCCCAUUAUUUAGGGUGAAAGUCUUUCAAUCCAAUCCACUUUAUUUAUAUAGCACAUUUAAACAACAAAAUGUUUCCAAAGUGCUGCACAACAAUAUUAAAAACAAUAUUCAAAUAUUAUCCUUAGCUCCACCAAUGACUGAAUAAAAACAAAAAUAAAUGGAUAUAAAAACAAUAUAAAAACAAUAUAAAAUAAAUAUAAUUAAAAACGAUUUUAAAGGGUAAUGGCAUAUAUACAUUUGUUAAUUGUCACUCGGAUAUGUUUUGGAGCAUUAAUAUUUUUUUAUAACUUUAUAUUAGGGAUGUCCGAUAAUGGCUUUUUGCCGAUAUCCGAUAUGCCGAUAUUGUCCAACUCUUUAAUUACCGAUACCGAUAUCAACCGAUACCAAUAUAUACAGUCGUGGAAUAAACACAUUAUUAUGCCUAAUUUGGACAACCAGGUAUGGUGAAGAUAAGGUACUUUUUAAAAAAAAAUAGUAAAAUAAGAUAAAUAAAUUAAAAACAUUUUCUUGAAUAAAAAAGAAAGUACAACAAUAUAAAAACAGUUACAUAGAAACUAGUAAUGAAUG